AUGAGUGUAAAAACAACAUAUGGUGACAUAAGAAAAUUUGUUAAUCAAAUAAAUUCUUGUUCUACAAUCGAAAAAGAGCAUGAGGUUGUUCAAAAAGAACUUGCAAAAAUAAGAAAUGAAUUUUCAAAUCCAAAGAUAACCGCUCAUGAUAGAAUGAUUAAUUCAUAUAAAUUAGUUUUUAUCAAUACAUUAGGGUAUGAAGUAGAUUAUGGAAUGGUUGAAGUUAUUACAUCAUUAGCUAAUUCAAAAUUUAUUUAUAAACAUGCUGGAUAUCUAACAUUUUUAACUUGUUAUAGAAAUGUUCCUGGAGCAUGCAGUUUAUUAAUUAACACAAUGCAACACGAUCUUCAAAACACCAAGAAUGAAGUAAUUUGUGAAACACUAUCAACUCUAGCUGUUAUUUCAGAUGCACAAAUAGCAGAAGUAGUUGGACAAACUGUCAUGAAUUUAGCUUUUAAUAAUGAUGAAGCGACAGUUAGAAAGAAAGCAUUAUUAGUUUUAAAACAAAUGUUUAAAUUCUUUCCUAGUUUAAUUAAUCUUGAACCUCAAUUUAUUAAAAAAGUUGAGUUAUUAAUUCAAAAAGAAUAUGACUUAGGAGUUAUUCAAUCAUUAUGUAAGUUAUUGUAUGAAGUUAUUCUUAAAGACAAAAAUAAUGGAGUUGAUUUAAAAAAAUAUCAAUGUUUAUCAUUAAGUUUAGUUCAAAUUUUUAAAGGGUUAUUAACAGAACCUAAUUCUGAAAUAACAUAUCACGGAGUAUGUAUGCCAUGGUUAGUUAUUAUUUUAAUUAAAUUAAUUCCUUUAAUUUGCAUAGAAAAAAGAGAAAUAAUUUCAUUUCAGUCAUUAUGUGAAGAAUUUUUACAAAUUGGAUUUACUGACUUUCUUUUUGGAAUACCUUCAAGUCAAAGAGACAUUACAUUUUCUAUUGAAAUAGAAAUAAUAAAAUAUUCAUUUGAAUUUGAAGUAAAAAGAUUAGCAAACAUAUCAAUUUCAUUAUUAGGAAAAUUACUUGAAGUGAAUGAUAUUAAUAUUAAUUAUCUAACCCUUGACUUAUUAAUUGUUGCAUGUCAAAAUGGAUUUAAAGAAUCUACUAAGAAAUUAUUUGCAAAAGUAAUAUUAUUAGGUAAUAGUUUUGACAUUGAACUAAAGAAAAGAGUAAUUGAUACAUUAUUCAGUAUGUGUGAUAGUUCAAAUGUUAUAAACAUUUGUCAAGUAUAUAACGAAAUGAUUAAUAAUGAAGAUUUAAUAGAAUUAAAAGAAGAUUUAAUAUUUAAAUUAUGUAUUUUAGCAGAGAAAUAUUUAAAAGGAAAAGAAUAUGUUGAUAUUAUGAUGAGUGUUGCAUUUAAUGGAGGCAAUUAUAUUUCAUUUGAGUUAUGGAAUAGAACAUUAAAAAAACUUCAUGGUGAUCAAGAAGCUACUAAAUAUUGUAUUUUCUUAAUAGAAAAAUUUAUUAAAAAGAGUUUUGGAAGUGAUGAUUUUAUUGAACUUUGUUGUUUAAUACUUGGAGAAUAUGGAGAGUAUUGUGAAGAUAUCUUAUCAUUAACACAAGCCCUUAUUUUAAAAUUUAGAUUUAUUAAAGAUUCUACAAAAAUUAGAAUAAUUACUGCUUUAAUGAAAUUAUUAAAGAAAUUUAAUUCUAUAAAAGACCUUCUUAUGAAUAUUUGUAUACAAUACCAAUACUCAAAUAAUUGUGAAUUACAACAAAGAGUUAAGGAAUGUUUAUAUCUUAUUGAGCACCCUUCUAUUAUUCCUAUUGUUAUUGAUUCUUUGGUUUAUAAAGAUACAACUGAAGAAGAAUUAAAAACUGUAGAAGAUAAAGAAAGUAUUGAUGAAGUAAAAGGAACACCAUCUCUUAAAAAAGUGUCAACAAUUGAAAACGUUGAUAGACCUAAUGUUAUAAAGAAACAAUUUAAAUUUAAUUUCUAUCAUUCUUUAAAUCCAAAUGGGUUAUAUGAAAAAGUAGAAAUAAUUUAUAGAAAAAUAAUGAGUCUUAAUGAAGGUAUUAUUUUUCAAGACCAAAAUAUUCAAAUUGGUUAUAGAAGUAAAGUUAUUGAUAAUGUUGUUGGUAUUCAAUUAUUCUAUGGUAAUAUAUCUCCAUUUCCUAUUACUGUAAAUAUCCAUAUUAUUGUCCCAGAUGGUUUAACUUCUUCUCUUCAACAAGACAAAUUAACAAUUGAGUCUCAUCAACAAAUAAACCAUAUUAUUCAAUUUAAAUUAAAUGCCACCUUCCUUGAACCACCACAACUUCAGCUUGAUUAUCAUUUUAAUUCUACUUCAGCCAGUGUUUCAUUACCUUUACCAAUUACUCUCCUUAAAUUUUUUAAACAAUCAACUCUAAUGACAUUCUCUUCAUUACCAGAACAAACAACAAUACCUUGUUUAUUAAAUAUUGGUCAGUUUCAAUCGUUAUGUUCUCGUUAUAAUUUGGUCUUUCAAUCAAAUGAUCAGGUAGUAGAAACACAUAGCAUUAUUCCUUCAUUAGGAGAAAUUAAAAUCCAGUUAAAAUUUAAUUCAAAAGAAUUAUCUGUAUUAUCAUCAAAUGAACAAAUGAAUUUAGAUAUUAUUGCAUUGAUUUUAUAUUCAUUACAAUAA